CAUUAGUAAAAUGACCAAUUUGCCGCCAUGGUUUCAACUGAAAGGUGAAAAGCAGUUUGUUUUAGAUCAUGUGAGGCUCCUCUUAUGAGGCUCUCUUUCUACCAUUGAAAUUACAAAUUCAGUUGUUUGCUUUUCAGCUCUUUUGCAUAUUUGGUGCCCAAAAAAUUCAUAUUAUGUUCCCAGUACUACCCCUCACUCUCCUUCAUUUCUCCAUUUUUUUAACCCAUUGUGUACUUUUAAAGUCAUAGAACAACCCCCAUUUCAAGGCCACCCCACUCUGUUCUGUUCCAUACCACUCCCAGUUUCUGUCUUAACUGAAACAAACGCUUGAUAUCUAGGCCAGAAAUGGCCGUUUCCAUUGAAAACAGCGUCUGGGAUUGUGUUAUACAGAUAACCAAGGUGGCCCAAGAAAAGGGCAGUGAUCCUUUGCUCUGGGCUCUGCAGUUGCCAUCAAAUUUAAGCUCCAAUGGAAUCCUUUUACCCUCUCCGGAGCUCGCAGAGGUGUUGGUGUCUUACAUUUGUUGGGAUAAUAAUGUGCCCAUUCUCUGGAAGUUUCUGGAGAAGGCCUUGGUGUUGAAGAUUUUGCCUCCUUUGAUGGUUCUUGCUCUUCUUUCUGACAGGGUCAUACCAUGUCGGCGUUCCCAACCGGCGGCGUAUAGGCUUUUUAUGGAACUUCUUAAGAGACAUGCAUUUUCGCUGAAAAGUCAAACUAAUGCUCCACAUUAUUUAAAGGUCAUGAAAUCGAUAGAUGCUGUUCUCCAUUUAUCCCAGAAUUUUGGUCUGCAAGCUAGUGAUCCUGGGAUUCUCAUGGUUGAGUUUAUCUAUUCAAUUGUGUGGCUGUUGUUAGAUGCAUCAUUGGAUGAUGAAGGGUUGCUGGAACUUACCCCAGAGAAGAAGUCCGGAUGGGCAACAAAACUUCAAGAAAUGGAAAUAGAUGGUCAUGAAAAUUAUGAUGAGAAGAGGGCUGAACAUCAUGAGAAAUUACAAAAACUAAAUACAGAAAUGGCUAUUGAGAUAAUUGGUCUAUUUCUAAAAAAUAAAUUGACUUCAAGGAUUCUUUAUUUGGCGCGACAGAAUUUGCCCACACAUUGGGUAAGAUUCAUUCAACGAUUACGACUUCUUGGAGCAAAUUCAUCAGCAUUAAGAAAUUCAAAAACUUUAACUUCUGAGGAUCUUCUGCAGUUGACUUCAGAAAAUCAUUUAGUAUUGACUCAAGAAUCAAAAACAAGCUCACUACAAAAGUUUCAUGCAGUUAUGGGUUUAGGAUCUUUAGUGUCUUCUGCAGGUCUUUGUCAUGGAGCUAGUCGUUCUGCUUUUUGGCUUCCUCUUGAUCUUGCGUUAGAAGAUGCCAUGGAUGGGUAUCAGGUUAAUGCAACAAGUGCCAUUGAAAUCAUAACUGGUUUAACUAAAACCCUUCAAGCAAUAAACAGCACCACAUGGCAUGACACCUUUUUAGGUCUUUGGAUUGCCGCUCUCCGUCUCGUUCAAAGGGAAAGGGAUCCUAUUGAGGGCCCUAUUCCUCGCCUGGACACUUGCUUAUGCAUAUUACUAUCCAUCAUACCUCUUGUGGUUGCUGAUCUUAUUGAGGAAGAGGAAAAUGUGCCUGUUGAUGAAUCAGAUUGGGGUUCCACAAAUCAAUGGAAGGAUAAAAAGGUUCCUGGAAAGUGCCACAAUGAUUUGGUCUCCAGCUUACAGUUACUGGGUGAUUACCAAGGCUUGCUGAGUCCACCUCAAUCUGUUGUUUCAGCAGCCAACCAAGCUGCUGCGAAAGCCAUGUUGUUCAUUUCAGGAAUCAAUGUUGGGAGUGCAAACUUCGAGUGUAUCAACAUGAAUGACAUGCCAAUCAAUUGUUCUGGAAACAUGCGCCAUCUGAUCAUUGAAGCUUGUAUUGCCAGACAUCUAUUGGACACAUCAGCGUAUUUCUGGCCAGGGUAUGUGAAUGGAUGCAUCAACCAGAUAACUCAUAGUGUGCCAGCCCAGGUGCCUGGUUGGUCAUCCCUCAUGAAGGGGGCCCCACUUACCCCAGUAAUGAUCAGUGCCCUGGUUUCAAUUCCUGCCUCAAGUUUAGCAGAGCUUGAGAAAGUAUAUGAGCUUGCUGUCCACGGGUUGGAUGAUGAGAAGAUAUCUGCUGCUACAAUUCUUUGUGGGGCUUCUCUUCUUCGUGGUUGGAACAUACAGGAACAUGCUGUUCAUUUCAUUACUAGAUUAUUGUCUCCUUCAGUUCCUGUGGAUUAUUCUGGGAUUGACAGCCAUUUGAUAAGCUAUGCUCCAAUCCUCAAUGUUCUUAUCGUUGGACUAGCUUCUGUUGAUUGUGUUCAGAUAUUCUCACUACAUGGCUUGGUUCCGCAACUUGCAUGCUCAUUGAUGCCAAUAUGUGAGGUUUUUGGGUCGUGUGUGCCAGAUGUCUCUUGGAAUCUGCCCACAGGGGAAGAAAUCUCUGCCCAUGCUGUGUUUUCAAAUGCAUUUGCCCUUCUUUUGAAGCUAUGGAGGUUUAAUCAUCCUCCUCUUGAACAUGGAGUCGGAGAUGUACCCACAGUGGGAUCCCAGCUAACUCCAGAAUACCUCCUAUCAGUCCGAAACUCCCACUUAGUCUCUUCUGGAAAUGCCCACAAGGAUCGAAACAAAAGGAGACUCUCUGCAGUUGCAACUUCAGCAUCUCUACAACCAAUAUUUAUGGACUCAUUUCCAAAAUUGAAAGUCUGGUAUCGGCAGCAUAAAAAAUGCAUAGCUUCUACCCUCUCUGGUCUUGUUUCUGGAACUCCUGUUCAUCAGAUUGUCAAUGUGCUUCUUAACAUGAUGUUCAGAAAUAUUAAUAAAGGAAGCCAAAGCCAAUCUUUAACUAUUACUUCUGGAAGUAGUUGUUCAUCUGGAUCAGUAAAUAAGGAUUCUUCUCUAAGGCCUAAAUUGCCUGCCUGGGAUAUCUUGGAGGCUGUUCCUUUUGUGGUUGAUGCAGCAUUGACAGCAUGUGCUCAUGGAAGGCUUUCUCCACGUGAAUUGGCUACAGGGCUUAAAGAUUUAGCUGACUUUCUUCCUGCAUCUUUGGCAACCAUUGUGAGCUACUUCUCAGCUGAAGUAAGUCGAGGCGUUUGGAAGCCAGUAUAUAUGAAUGGUACAGAUUGGCCAAGUCCUGCAGCAAAUUUGUCCAAUGUUGAGGAAAAGAUCAAGAAAAUCUUGGCUGCUACCGGUGUUGAUAUCCCAAGCCUUGCUGCAGGGAGCUCUCCAGACACACUUCCUUUGCCUCUGGCUGCUUUUGUGAGCCUCACCAUAACUUAUAAAAUUGACAAAACCUCAGAACGAUUUCUCAAUUUGGCUGGUCCAGCACUGGAGUCGCUUGCAGCAGGUUGCCCUUGGCCUUGCAUGCCAAUUGUGGCUUCAUUAUGGACCCAAAAGGCAAAGCGCUGGUUUGACUUUCUUGUGUUUUCUGCAUCUCGUACUGUCUUCCUCAACAACAGUGAUGCAGUAUUUCAGCUUCUUAAAAGCUGCUUCACUGCUACACUCGGUGUUGGUCCCACAGCUAUCUCAAGCAAUGGUGGUGUCGGAGCACUUCUUGGCCAUGGAUUUGGUUCUCAUUUUCAUGGUGGGAUUUCUCCUGUUGCCCCUGGAAUUCUUUAUUUGCGUGUUCACCGAUCCAUUAGAGAAAUUGUGUUCAUUACCGAAGAAAUUAUCUCUCUCAUAUUGCAUUCAGUGAGAGAAAUAGCUUGCAGUGGACUUGCUAGAGAAAAAUCACAGAACUUAAAGAGAACAAAGAAUGGACUGAGAUGUGGACAGGUUUCCCUCACUGCAGCAAUGACUUGGGUGAAACUCGCUGCUUCUCUGGGAGCUUCUUUAGUAUGGUUAUCUGGUGGUGUAGGUUUGGUUCAGUCAUUGUUCAAAGAAACUUUGCCUUCUUGGUUUAUUGCUGUUCACAUGUGUGACCAGGAAGAAGGACCUGAAGGGAUGGUUGCCAUGCUUCAGGGAUAUGCGCUUGCUUAUUUUGCUGUACUUUGUGGAACUUUUGCUUGGGGAGUUGACUCAUCAUCAUCAGCAUCGAAGUGGCGUCCUAAAGUCCUUGCUGCACACAUGGAAUUUCUAGCAAGCGCACUUGAUGGAAGGAUAUCACUUGGUUGUGACUGGGCAACUUGGAGUUCAUAUAUUACGGGGUUUGUGAGCCUAAUGGUAGGUUGCACACCUUCUUGGGUGCUGGAGGUGGAUGCAGAUGUUCUGAAGAGACUAAGCAAGGGGUUGAGGCAGUGGAAGGAGGAGGAGCUUGCCCUGGCUUUGCUGGGAAUUGGAGGUGUUGAGACAAUGGGUGCAGCCGCUGAACUGAUAAUUGAGGAACAAUGAUUUCCAAUUCUUUCUCCAAUUCCAUUUUUAACUUGUCUAGGUUAGCAGUUUUACUACAUGUAGCUGUAAAUUAGCUUGCUGGAAUUUUGUGCAGUAACAAACUUUUAUAAUUGUAGUCCGUACAAAUGUAAGAUUUUGACCUCUUCGUAAAGAGGGGCUUGUUAUGCAACAAAAGGUCUUUAAGCCA